CGUUUCGUUCUCGGGACGGUACUGUAGGGGAACGUCCAUGAAUGACAUUGUGAAUUCACUCUCACCGAUAUGGUCAACCGUGAGUUUACGGUCAAGCAGUAGCGUUCAAACACUACGCACACUUUCUCCCACUUCAGCUUGGUUGUGCCUUUGCGAAGUCCAACCCUUACUUUUAGGUAGUAGUUCUCUAUAGGCAAAAGACUCUCCGUGAGUAGCUAUAGGUAGAUCGAUAUACAUACAUAUAUAUAUAUACCUCUCUGGCACUCUUUGCUUGGCUCCACACCCAAACCCUCGCAUUGCCAACUGCCUACUACCAAUUGUCGACCCCGUCUGCUGCCUGACACUUGCUGUUGAACUUAUUCUGUCUGGCACCUAGGUUGAUUACCUUCACGCUCAUCUGUCCAUCAUGUCAUCCUCUGCUUCGUCGGCUGCUCCGGCACCGGGCAAGGAAUCGACACAACCCAGUUUUCGGGAAAUCCUCAACAAAUCCGCCGCCAGUGCCGUCCGCGGUGGUACCGCCGGAGCUGUUGCCAUGGGAGCCAAUGUUGCUGCACUCAUGUGGAUGCGCACUACGAUCAACUACCAGUACCGCAAUGGUACCAGUUUCCCCGUCGCACUCCGGGCGCUCUACGCCGACGGCGGGAUUCCUCGUUUCUACCGGGGGGUCCUGCCCGCCUUGGCCCAGGGACCCCUCAGUCGCUUUGGUGACACGGCGGCCAAUACUGGUAUCCUUACCAUGCUCAACUCCCUGGACGCCACCAAGGAUAUCAACAUUGGCUUCAAGACCGUAGCGGCGUCCACCGCCGCCGCCUUGUUCCGCAUCGUCAUUAUGCCCAUUGAUACCGUCAAAACAACCAUGCAAGUCACCGGAAAAUUCUCCAACGUGGUGGACAAGGUCAAAGUCAACGGGCCCUUUGCCUUGUACAAUGGAUCCUUGGCAGCCGCCAGUGCCACUUUUGUGGGACACUACCCUUGGUUCGCCACGUACAACUUUUUGUCGGAAAAGAUUCCGAAACAGGAUACGCAAUUGGCCGAACUCGGUCGCCGCGCCAUUAUGGGAUUUUGCUCGAGUGCCAUUUCCGACACUUGUUCCAACAGCAUCCGUGUCGUCAAGGUCUACAAACAGUCCCAUCCCGAACAACUGACCUACGCGAAAGUAGUAAGCAACGUCUUGCAGGAGUCUGGGGUCCGGGGCUUGUUCUUUCGCGGAUUGGAAACCAAAAUUUUGGCCAACGGAUUACAGGGUAUCCUGUUUUCGAUUUUGUGGAAGCAUUUUGAAGAAGCCCUCUUUCCCAAGAAGUAGGACGUCGCCCUUGAUCCUAUACACUGUUAAUUUCCUACCGUAAG